AUGACUUCCCAAAUUCCAUCCCAACACAAGGCAAUCGCCUACGACAAGCCAGGGACAGCUAGUGUCCAAUAUCUCACAGUUGACACACCACAGCCUGGAAAUGGUGAUGUCCUUGUGCGCAUUACACACUCGGGUGUCUGCCACAGUGAUUGGGGUGUGAUGACCCGUAGAGAAGGAGACGUCGGGCCCCCAGCCCAAGCUGGCCAGAUCGGAGGACACGAAGGCGUUGGUGAUAUUGUGGCGUUUGGGCCCAACACUGAACAAUCUGGUUUGAAGCUUGGAGACCGCGUAGGUAUCAAGUGGAUGGCUCGUGUAUGCGGAAGCUGCUUCCCUUGCCUAGCUAGCCGCGAUGGCUGCUGCUCCAAUGGGACAAUAUCUGGAUAUGGCGAACCUGGGACUUUCCAACAAUAUGCCCUUGCGCCUGCGAACUACGUUACCCGCAUCCCUGAUGAGCUCUCGAGUGAGCUGGCAGCACCGAUGCUGUGUGGAGGAAUCACUGUCUAUGCCGCGUUGAAGAAAUGUGGUGCGAAACCAGGAGACGCAGUUGUUAUUAUGGGAGGAACAGGGGGACUUGGUCAUCUAGCCCUUCAGAUGGGAGGGCGCGGUAUGGGGUUCCGAAUGAUUGCUCUCGACUACGGUGACAAGAAAGAAUUUGCAGAAGAAUGUGGCGCGGAGUCCUACAUCGAUGUCUCAAAGUACGACUACAACGAUCCUCAAUUCACUGUCGAUGUCAAAAAGGUCACCCCUCAUGAGCUCGGCGCUGCGGCCGUCAUUGUAUGUACUGGCGCCAAUGAAGCCUACGCUGCUGCGGUAUCUUUUGUGCGAUUUGGGGGCACCGUGGUUUGUGUCGGAGUGCCCGAAGGUGCUCCAGUUGCGAUUGCCUCCGCAGAUCCCGCUACCCUUAUCAGUCAGGAAAUCAGUAUUGUGGGGAGCGUGGUUGGAAACCGUAUGGAUGCUAUUGAGACCAUGGAGAUGGCCGCUCGCGGAGUGGUAACGACCCGCGUCACUGUGCAGCCUAUGUCAACCCUCAUGGAUAUAUUUGAUAAGAUGAACAAGCGUCAACUAAAAGGUCGCACUGUUCUGGAUUUAACUGUCUAG